GAAAUCGUAGCUUUGGAUAAAAAUGAACCACGGACAAAAGGUGAGAGUUUUGUACAAAACUAUUCUUCGUUUACACCGUGGAUUACCGGAGGCACUGCAGGAGCUCGGCAACACCUACGUAAAAGACGAGUUCAAACGGCAUAAAAAUUGUUCUCCAACCGAAAGUCAAAAAUUUAUGAGCGAAUGGGCUGGAUAUGCAAUCAAUCUGGCACAGCAAUUAGGAUUGCGGGGAAAACCUGGACCGGUUGGAAUGCUAGGAGAAGAUUUAACUGAAAGUCAGCUUAACCAUUUUCGCGAUGAACAGAUAGCACAAUUGUACGAACUUUUGCAAGAAGCCAAGCGAUAAUCGAUGGCAAUGGAACGAUACACCCGUGACCUGUCGAACGGUGCUGAUCUUCUGUGUUUGGC